GGCGGGCGCUUCCGGUUUCCGGUUGCGGAGUAAGGGGCGGGGCAGGGGCUGAGGUGGGAGAGUUUGGUGUCUGCGGCUGGGCGUGCGCGGUGACUGUGAGAACCUUGGAACGAAGCUCGCAACUCUCUGGUGGAAACCUUGUCACAGGAUGAGUCUGCAGUGGACUGCAGUUGCCACAUUCCUCUAUGCGGAAGUCUUCGCGGUGUUGCUCCUCUGCAUUCCCUUCAUUUCGCCCAGAAGAUGGCAGAAGAUUUUCAAAUCUCGCCUGGUGGAGCUGGUGGUCAGCUAUGGUAAUACCUUUUUUGUGGUUCUCAUUGUCAUCCUAGUGUUGCUGCUCCUUGAUGCGUACCGUGAGACUCGCAAGUAUGAUGAUGUGACCGAGAAGGUGAACCUGCAGAACAACCCUGGCGCCAUGGAGCACUUCCACAUGAAGCUUUUCCGUGCCCAGAGGAACCUCUACAUUGCUGGCUUCUCCUUGCUGCUGUCCUUCCUGCUUAGACGCCUGGUGACUCUCAUCUCCCAGCAGGCCACACUGCUGGCCUCCAAUGAAGCCUUUAAGAAACAGGCAGAGAGUGCUAGUGAGGCGGCCAAGAAGUACAUGGAGGAGAACGAUCAGCUCAAGGGAGCUGCUGGGGACCGAGGCAAGCUGGAGACUGGAGAUUCCGCGGUGAAGGUGGAGGAAGAGAACAGGAGCCUGAAAGCCGAAGUGAAGAAGCUGAAGGAUGAGCUAGCCAUCUCUAAGCAAAAGCUCGAGAAAGCUGAGAAUGAGGCACUGGCCAUGCGGAAGCAGUCUGAGGGCCUCACCAAGGAGUACGACCGCCUGCUGGAGGAGCACGCCAGGCUUCAGGCUGCAGUAGCUGGCCCCACGGACAAAAAGGAGGAGUGACGCUGCCACCUCCCCUGCCUGCGCUAGCUUCUCCCAGGAGCUCAGCUUCUCCCUCUGGCCCUUGUCUCACUUCUCCACAGCUUCUAGCAGUCAUCUCUGUCCCCUCCACAGUCACAGUCUGCUGGCACACCACUGGGGACCUGAUUGUCACUCAUUCACUUGCCUGCGGGGAGUGUGGAGGGCCCUUGUUCCUGGCCUGCGUCUGAGCCCUUUAGCUCUGCUAUGUUGACAUGUUCUCUAGUCCUGCGCGAGCUCCCUGCGGCAGGCCCACUGGUUUCUCUUGCAGGCAAUAAAGUUGUUGUGAUGUGCUGUGA